AUGUGCAUGCCCAUUGUUUUCCCUACUCCUGCGACCCUCAAGAGACGCCGCCUCGAUGAUCUCACCGCCGGAUCCCCCUCGACUCCCAAAGCCAUCAAUGCUAUCAACGCGGCGAUACCUGCGGUAGUGAAUAGCCAGAAUGGAUGGCCGCCAGUGGAUGAGAAUAUGGACAUGACUGGCCUUGGGAAGCAGCCUGGGGCUCUACCAAACCCAUUCCAAACAACACCACAACCUGCACCUGGUUCCGCUUUCCGCCCGGCAAUCAAACUCUCUGCGCUUAAGGGUACAAAAUGGGAUACUGGGGAGGAGCGUCGCCCUGUUUUGCCAAAGAAAGUUGGGCCUGGCCGGCCCAGGAAGACGGCCACACCGAAGAAGCCUGCAGCGCCGAAGGGCAGGCCACGGAAACGAAAAACACAAGAUGCGGCUGAAGAUGCGAAUAAGGAUGAAGAUGAAUCAGUGGCUCGCGAAUCCACUGACGAACUUUCGGCGGUGCCAGAUGGAUUGCUUUCAGCCUCUAAACCAACACCCAAAGGAAUCUUGACUCCUUCAAAGAAGAGAGGACCUCGGGGUCGCAAGAAUGUCACUUUUGGGGGUGGUCAUGAUGCAAACGGCGAAGUCUUCUUUGAAGAUUUGCCAAAGAAGCCAAGGACACCGCGCAAGGUGGCCAAGUCGGAGGCAGACGAGAUUGUGUGCGCCAUCUGCCUAAAGCCCGAUUCCAAGGCGCCGAAUCAGAUUAUUCUCUGCGACAUUUGCGAUUUUGCGGUUCAUCAAGAAUGUUACGGUGUGCCCGAGAUCCCAGAAGGAGAUUGGCUCUGCAAGUCAUGUGCUCAAGAGGAUGUGCUCAAGACGCCAAAGAAGGCUGGAGAGACAAAGGUCCCGACAAUCACAAUAGCGGCAGAGGUACCUGAGAUUCCGAACCUGGAGCAACAUGUUAGAUCACUGCAGAGAGUCCUCCUGGAUCGAUGCACAGGGCGGAGACGGUUACAAUUGGCUGGGCAGCUGGAGGCAGAGGAGAAGGUUUACCAGCUUGUCGAACAGACGGUGGUUGCUGGUGAGGGUAACUCGAUGCUCCUGAUUGGGGCCAGGGGCUGUGGAAAGACCACGCUUCUUGAAAAAGUUAUUGCAGACAUUGCUCAAGAGCACAAGAACGACUUCCACGUGGUCAGGUUAAACGGUUUCAUCCACACGGAUGACAAGCUCGCCCUGAAAGAGAUAUGGCGACAGCUUGGAAAGGAGAUGCAGGUCGAAGAUGACUUGGUGAACAGGACCAACUACGCCGACACCAUGGCAUCCCUGCUUGCACUGCUGUCUCAUCCAUCUGAAAUCAUCGGCACAGACGAGGGUGUCACGUCGCAGUCGAUUGUCUUUGUCAUUGACGAGUUUGACAUGUUUGCCUCUCACCCUCGACAAACACUAUUGUACAACUUGUUCGAUAUCGCACAGUCUCGAAAGGCGCCCAUCGCAGUGGUGGGCUGUACGACGAGGCUGGAUGUUGUGGAAAUGCUUGAGAAGCGAGUCAAGAGUCGAUUUAGUCAUCGAUACGCUUACCUCUCCAUGCCCAAGUCGCUGCCAGCGUACUGGCAAGUGUGCAGACAGGGUCUGGUAGUGGACAGUGAUGAAGCUGAGAAGGAGGGUAUCAACACUUAUCUUGAGGGACACGCCGAGUUCCAGCAGUAUUGGAGCCAGAAGAUCGAGGGGUUGUACAGGGAGCGGUCAUUUCAAGAUCUGCUCCAGUAUCACUAUUACACGACCAAAUCGGCUUCGGCGUUCCUUACCGAAUGGAUCCUGCCCUUGUCGGCUCUCUCGGCGAGCGAUGUGACACUGAAGAUACCUGCUCUACAGAGCGAGGUUGAGUCUCUCACGCCCCCUGACAACAGACUGCACCUCCUAUCCACGUUAUCAGAGUUGGACUUGGGACUGCUCAUCGCGGCAGCACGACUGGACAUCGUGGCGCACACAGACACGGUCAACCUGGCCAUGGCGUACGACGAGUACAGUUCCUUGAUGGGGAAGCAGCGUGUGCACUCCGCAACAGCAGGCAUGAUGGCCGUGGGCGGUGGUGUCCGAGUAUGGAGCCGUGGAGUCGCCGGCAUCGCUUGGGAACGUCUCAUCUCUCUCGGACUGCUGGUCCCUGCUGGCAUAGGAGGCGCAAGGGCCCUUGGUCACGGAGGACUUGAGGGCAAGAUGUGGAAGGUGGACGUGGCAUUGGAGGAGAUACCUGCGGCGGUGAAGCUGAGCACUGUAUUGGCGAGAUGGUGUAGAGAGAUUUAG